AGCCCCACUGCAGCGGAUGUAGCAGCAGUCUACAGUACAUCGGCAACCAUGUAGCGCUGAGAGCAAAAAUAUAUCUUCCCCCGACUAGCUAAAGAAUCAUAUACUCAUAUUCAUUCAUGUCGUCAUAAAGUUAUAGUGUGUCAAAAUGUGUUAUUGAAGAUAACCGGACGCUCAGACCGAAAUUGCAAGUCGAGUGUGAAACCGAAGCCUGGUAGAGGCUAUCUGCCCUCGCCUGGACGUUUGGAAGGGGACGUUGGGCUACUCUUCUAAACGUACUAACCUAGCUACCUUGGUGUUUUAUCAUCCUUUUAAAUGACUGCACUUGUUUUGCUAGCUAAGUGUAGUAUAGGCUAGACUCUGGGGAAGGGCGUGUAACGGAUACCGGGGCUUUUAGUUUGCACCAGGUCUGGCAAUCCGCGUUACCGCCCCGUUUUUUCUCUUGUAGUAAAGCUAACAGCACGGCCAGGAGAAGGCUGAAGAUACAGUUUUGGGGUUUGGACUAUAACCAAAACCUGCCUACAACAUGGGGAAUACAACGUCCUGCUGCGUGUCCUCGAGCCCGAAACAUCGCAGGAGCAACCACUCCAGGCUCGAGUCCUACCGGCCGGAGCCGGAGCUGAGCCGGGAGGACACGGGCUGCAACCUCCAGCACAUCAGCGACAGAGAAAAUUUAGACGAUCUGCCCAUGGAGUACAACCCCUCCGAUCAUCCCCGGGCCAGCACCAUCUUCCUCAGCAAGUCACAGACUGAUGUUGCUGUGCCCAACAAGAGAGUUCGGGAAAAACGGAAGAGCCUUUACAUCAACCAUCAUCAUCCAGGCCCGGUGAGACGGAAGUACAGCUCAUGUUCCACCAUCUUUCUUGAUGACAGCACUGUCAGUCAGCCUAACCUCAAAUACACCAUCAAAUGUGUCGCCCUCGCUAUAUACUACCACAUAAAGAACAGAGAUGUCAAUGGAAGAAUGUUGUUAGACAUUUUCGAUGAGAAACUGCACCCGCUCACGAAGUCUGAAAUUCCUCCUGAUUAUGACAAACACGACCCUGAGCAGAAGCAGAUCUAUCGCUUUGUCAGGACGCUGUUCAGCGCCGCACAGCUCACUUCUGAGUGUGCCAUUGUCACGUUGGUGUAUUUGGAGAGGCUCCUGACCUACGCUGAGAUCGACAUUUCCCCUGCCAACUGGAAGCGUAUCGUGCUGGGAGCCAUCCUCCUGGCAUCUAAGGUGUGGGACGACCAGGCGGUCUGGAACGUCGACUACUGCCAGAUUCUCAAGGAUAUCACUGUGGAGGACAUGAAUGAGCUGGAGCGUCAGUUUCUGGAGCUGCUGCAGUUCAACAUCAACGUGCCAUCCAGCGUCUACGCCAAGUAUUACUUUGACCUGCGCUCCAUGGCUGAGGCCAACAACCUUAGCUUCCCCUUGGAACCCCUCAGCAGGGAGAAGGCCCAGAAACUAGAGGCCAUCUCACGGUUGUGUGAUGACAUAUACAAGGACUUGAGGAAACAAGCCAAGAAGCGGUCAGUGAGCGCAGACAACCUGACGGUGGUGCGGUGGUGUCCAGCCAUCAUUUCCUAACACUGGCCGCCUGUAGCACGGAGAUAGACCUGUCAGACAUACUGUACUGUAUUUCUGCCUGGCAAGGCAAACCAGCUGGGCAGCACUCCUGUGGAUCAGUACACAAAUACACACACACACACACACACACACACACACACACAAUGCGGCACUUUUACAAGUGUGAUUGCACCCUCUCUGGUUGUUGUACAUAAAAGAAGUCUCACUGGCUGCCUGCAUUGAACCAAACAGAGCUGAGCUGAACCAAACUGAAGUGUGUGUGAGUGAAUGUUGUUGAAAUAAAGACCUGGACUGCAGAAGAAGAGGCCCAACAGAAAUACAGCUGGCAAUAUAUGAGAGACUGUGCGAAGUUGGGAAAAAGAAAUAGGAACAAGCUUAAUGCGAAAAACAGACGGCAGCGACAACAGCGUCCCAUAAUCCUCAGAGGCUCCACUCGCUCGUAUGGUUGAUUGAGGGAGGCCGUGUACAUUCCUUUCAUUUUAAUCUUCUGGUUCAGUCACUUCCUUAGCUGAAGAAUGAGAUGGUUUUUUUUCUUUUUUCUGACAGCUUACAGGCACAUUUAAAAUGUAAAAAUUCCUCAAUUUGUUUGAGUGUUUUGUCGGCGUUUUAUCUGUUCUUUUGCAUUCCCAUCCAGCAGAAACCUCUGCGAGCGAGUCCAAGCAUAAACAAAGCAGAGACAUGUACAUUCCGCUGUUACCUUGAGUGUACAGUUGAUACAUUUUGACUGGACCACAUAUCAUCGUAUUCAUUUACAUUGUAGCCAUGUAGUUAAAGUUCUCAGUCCGAGAGCUAACACUGAAAAAUCAAGUCAGUGUUUAGCUCAGGGGCGCUUUGAAAGGACCUGGGAGUUCAACUGUCACAGUUAACAGUUUCUUUUACAGCACGGCCGGCCAGCCACCAUUCAGAUACAGCUAUUCCCUUAAAGCAAUAUCCAUGCAUUGCUUUGUUGUUGUAAUUCAAUACGAUGAAGCAUGCAUACUUGGGAGAAGACCGACUGGAAGACAGUGGUCCACUCCUCUCGGUCAGACGUGAGACAUAACUGUAGAGCUCAUGUUGUACUUAAUUCACUGCCAUUGUCCUGACCUAUGGUGCCUGUAAUAAGCUAGUUUAACACCUCUCCCCUUUCUACCGGAGGAAUGGAACAAAUAACUGAAGUAUUUUUCUUAUUCUUUAACAUUUUGUGUGGGUUUUUCCAGCUUACAGAGAGACCGCACAAAUGAAAUAUUGACAUUCAGAAGCCACGUUACAACACAUGAUUUGUCAGGGUUGUUUUGUGUUGUUCUGGAGAGGACCCAAACGAAUGAAAAAGCAUUACGUGAUGAUUCAAACACCACUUACAAAAAGAUAUGUUGUAUACAUUUUGCGAAAUUGUCUCUGUACAGUGUAAAUACCGACGCCGGUGUGCAAAAUCUGUAGACUGAGGUCGUAUUGUUAAAAAAAACGAAUGAUGUUAGAAUAUGUAUAUCGGAUCAGUUUUUACUGUACACAAGGGGGGUGGUUCAAAUGUUGGAUUCUUUGUUCCUAUAACAAAUCAAGUAAAGACAAAGGUGAUGUAUUAAGAUUUAAAUGGGAGACACCACUUUUUUUCUGUUUUCUUGUUACAAUGUUUUUACUCUGCAGAAAAUGCCAAGUUAUGUGUUACAUACUGUAUAUCCUAUAUAGAUAAUAGAAGACAAUUCAGGCUUCUUUUAUUAUUUGUUGUCAUUUUUAAGAUUGCCAGAUUCAUGUUCUUAAGCGAUGCUGCUUGUUUCUAAUAGGCUCCCAUUAAUGACGAAUUGUAGUAAAAGGUUGUCAGGAAAAACUACAGUAUAACUGAAUACAUCAAUAAAUAGUAUUGUUAAGAACAUCAUUUAAAUAAAGUGUAUAAACUCCAACUAAUAGGUAAAAAAAAAAAAAUGUGGCACACAUUACAUUUCCGUACCAUACAUUUAUCUAUCCCCUAUUUGCCCUAAGCAACAUUUCCUUCUAAAGAUGAUGUUUUUGCUGCAGUACUGUGAGUGGCCACUUGGACAAAUUGGCAGCAAAGCUGAAUGGUGGCGCUGUAUCAGCUCUUAAAGGUUCUAUGACAUGCUGGUUUGGAUGCUUUUAUAUAGGCCUCAGUGGUCCCCUAAUACUGUAUCUCAUGUCUCUUUUAUAUAGGCCUUAA